AUGUUUAGAGAUAGAACUAAUUUAUUUUUAUCAUAUCGUCGAACAAUUCCUCGUGAUUCAUUCCCCACUAGGCGAACCCGAUUCAGUGAUUUAAAUAAUGAAGAAGAAAAUGAAGGACUAAUACUAUCGUCAACAACAGGAAAUCAAUCUAAUAGGAAAAGUAAGAAUAAAUCAAAUCUAAAACAAGGAGUUAAUGACCUUGACAACGACGAUUAUGAAGAUAAUAUUGAAUUAAAACCAAUGAUUCCUAAUAUAUUUGAUAUUGCCAAAGAAUUGGAUUCAUAUUUAAAUAUAAUUAAUAAAGAUAUUGAAGAAUUAAAUUCCAUGUAUAAAAAAUUAAUAAUUAUAAAUAAAUUAAAUAAAUUAAAAUUAGAAAAACAAAUUGAAGAAAUAAAUUAUCAAAUAUUAAUUAAAUUUGAAAAAUGUUAUGUAUUAAUUAAAAAAUUUGAAUAUUUACUGAAUAAUCAUCAACGAUUAAAAUUGAAUUAUAAUCAACAAGAUUUAGAAAUUUUAAUUAAUUUUAAAAAAAAUUAUGCUGUGAAAAUUCAAGAUAAAUCAUUGAUUUUCCGGAAUUUACAAAAUAAUUAUAUGAAAUUUUUGAAAAAUGAUGAAGAAGAAAAAGAAGAAGAAGAAGAAGAUAUAUUGAAUAUGAAUGAUGAACAAGCUACAUUAUUGAAUGAAGGAAAUGAUUCAAAAUCGACAACACCAAGAACAACAACAACAACAACAACAACAACAACAACAAAUUUUACCAAUCAACAACAGCAACAACAACAACAACAAGUACAAGUCCAACUCCAACUCCAACAUCAACAAGGUAAUAAUAAUAUUCAAUAUUUACAACAACGAGAAAGAGAAAUUUCAAAAUUAGCUCAUGGAAUAAUUGAAAUUCUGACAAUUUUUAAAGAAAUGGAAUCAAUGGUGAUAGAACAAGGUACAAUAUUAGAUCGAAUUGAUUAUAAUCUAGUCAAUACCGUACAAGAUUUAAAACAAGCUGAUAAAGAAUUAAUUAAAGCUCAUCAUUAUCAAAAAAGAUCAACAAAAUGUAAAAUUAUAUUUUUUUUAAGUCUUUGUGUGUUUGCUUUAUUAAUGAUAUUUAUAUUACGUCCAACAAAAACAACAUCCCCUUCAAAUAAUUCCAAUUCCAAUUCCAAUUCUAAUAGUGGUAACCCUGGUAAUCCUGGAAAUAACAACGAUCAAGAACCAACAAGACCAAAUAUUGAUAAACCUGCUAAUGAAGUCAAUCCUCCUCCAGUUAACAAGGCAUAA